GUCAACUCACAUCUCGCUGUGCAAUGCAAGACUGCAAGUGAUUGGUGACUGGCAAGAUCGGCAUGAAUAGCAAAUGAUCCUGCUACUCAACAUACACAAGUUUCUACUAACCUCAACUAACUCAGGGAAGUGAUCACAAUGGAUCAUCCACAUCAAGAACCCUUGCCUCCUGGCAUCAUCCCUAAUUUCCAUCCAAAGUAUCCGUUUGAGUGGCGUCAGAAGUUGCUUCGUGAUCCUUGUCCUAAUGAACUGCACAGCUUAGGCCUCCCCUCUGCUUUUUCUAGCUAUGGUCGCCCACAGCGAGGCUAUGGCGGCUAUGAGACCUGCCGUGACUUCUGCCAGGAAGAAAAGCAGAUACCGGAGCAACAGGAGCAGCAGAAACUAGAGGAGUAUUAUGAAGGUCUUUUGCUUCAGCAAACACAUCAUGAAGAGCUGUCAGCUCAGCAGAGACGUUUUUCAACCUGGCAGGAUAGUGAUCAACACCAGUGGCAAGGGCAACAACAAGAGUGGCUUGGAUUUUCACCUCAUGCUAACGGGUUCCAAGAAGGAUCAUUACAACUCAAUUCAAAUUCGUUCCCCGCCCAAAGAAGGAGACCACCACGGCGAGGGCGACAUCGUGACGUUCGUUUCCUCCCUAAUGAUCGUGAUGGUCACCUUAGUGCACAAAAUUGCCGAAACCAUAUUGCAUCUUCUGCUAGUAUUGUGAACGGCGAGUCACCGCGCAAAUUCCAUAUGAAUAAUGGGGACAGAAUGGCCGAAGAAGAAGCUUUCUACUCUGGGGGAUUUGGGAUUUCAGACGAGUAUGCAGCGUAUGAUGACGAUCCGGAUUGGAGUGGUUUUGAUUGUGGCAACGGUGGUAUUUCUCGUAAAGGUAAUUAUUCUGGCGGUUGUACUUUUGGAGUUCCGACACCGUCGUCUAUAGAUCACUAUUAUAACCUAGCACCCCAAAAACCAGACGGUAAACAGAAUAAUUGCACGAAUAACGAGGGUGACCGCAAACUUGCCAUUGCGCGAAGAUUGCAGUACCUGAGACGCCAUUUUCGCGACAGAGUCUGCGAGGUUUGUGUUGUCGGCUUCCCUUGGAUGGAGGAAUACAAUAAACACAUGCGGUCUCAUGUGCAGUGUAUUUAUCCAGGUUGUAAGUUCGAAGCCUCCAUUGAAGUUCUUGACGAUCACAUAACACGUGAGCACCUUCUUAAUCCUUCAGUGAACGCGCCCAUCAGUGAUGAAGAGUACCGACGCCAACGUCGUAACAAAUUCCCAACGCAGGCAAAGAAAGAACUUGAUCAAGCUAUGGCUGCACUACAGAAGCAGCGUGGGGAACUUUUAGGACUUAAAACUAGUCAAUUUAAGAAAGAAUCAAACAAAAACUCUGCUCUGAUCAACACUGCGGUAGGAAACCAAAACAGAGGGUCUAAGCGCGGAGCUCCAGCGGAAAACCAAAGAAAGUUUAAGAAAGAAAAAGCUGAAAAUAGCAACGGUAAAAAUUUCAGAAAAGUUCGAGACGAAUGGGAGCACAAAGACACUUACAUAGUGUACAGCCCCUUACCCGAAUUUAAGGGCAUUGAUGCAUUUGAUGAAGCAAUGGGAGGCAGCACCGUAUUGGCUGAGUCCAUCCAAUCUGAAAAUCAACAGCAAGACGAGGUUCAGUUCCAUAUCAGCGAUGAAGACGAGGAUUUCCUUCAGCCCUCCUUACCAUCUGAUAGAACUUCGAUGUCUGCAUCGAAGUGCCUUGUUGAAUCUGUUGAAUCGCAGUUGGCCACUUCUCGAGGCUCUGAGGAACAAAAUCAAGUACAAGAUUCUCCUCCUACCAGUGUUCUAGUGACCAGUGUCCACAAUCCUGUUUGCGAAACCCCUUCAGUUCCAGAAUCUUGCGCAUUAGGUUCUCAGGGAGUUGGUGCUCUCGGCCUCCUCAUGGGGGACUAUGGUUCUGCGACAGAGAGCGAGGGUGAAAAUUUGGAAGAAGCUGAAAUUGUGAACCAUGUUACUUGCUUUGUUGAGGAUAGGACUUCCAAAUUACAAGCAGGAGACUCUUCGAUGAGAAAACAAUCUGAAAAAUUUUCCAAUGCUGGCCGUAUUGGUGAAACAGAACAAAACGUUCAGGAGGCUGUUUCAGUCCAAUCAUCAAAAAGAACUGGCAGAAGGAGAGGUAGGCGAGGCAUAAAAAAACGUGGAAGUAAGCCAAUUCCUUCCGAUACUGAUCAGUCAAAAAUUCCAUUCCUUGCAUCCGAAACAACUGCAUUUAAUUCUGUAUCUUCCGUGUCACGUGGAGCUUUGUCACAACGCGAUAAGCCCAGCUUGUUCCCUCAUCUGAAGCCCAUUAACGUUAGAAAUGACUCGUCAUCAGAUGAAGAAAGCAGCGCCACCAUCUCAACGGAGAAGAGUUGGCACGAGCGCAGCGAAAGCGCUCUUGCCUCCCGGUGCAUCUCACACAAGCUCAGACAGUUCAGGAACAAAUAUAGGACCAGCCUGCUGGAGAAGUUGCUAAAGGAUGAGGUGAGGUUCGAACGGAAUGUCCUGUUACAGUGCGCCAGGAAGAUUGUUCUGAGCAACUUCUUUGAAGAUCAAAAAAUAAUUCCAUCGAAUUCAAAUAACGGGAAAGAGGGCGAUGUCACCAGUAAUUCAGAUGAUCAUGGAGAGACAACCUCUGACGACAGCGAUGAAAAUGUGUCAGAUUGUAAUGAGGAUGUAAGUGGACAGGAAGCUUGUGGCGACAACACCGAGAAGGUUACAGCUGCAGCUGUUGAUCGUAGUGUUAGUGAAGUGAACCUUUUUGAGAGGAAUAGUUUGCCUGAGUAAAAAUAGCUUGAUCCUGAUUUCUAGAACAACAUAAAACUACAUUAUUCUUUCAAAGAUUUUUGAAACUGUAAGAGAUUUGUAAUAUAUUCAUUACGAGACGAAGCUCUGGUUAACACUCGUAGUCGAUGUUCACUUCAGUUUGUCAACUGCAGUAAACUUUCUUACUAAGUAA